CCGAGGUUGAGGGACAGCCAUAGGGCUUCAUGAAUGGGCAUUAUGUUGUUGUAACAAUUUUUAUUUUCAUUUCAAGGUGUUCGCUAUAUCUAAGACAUUUUUCACAUUAUUUUUGCAUCAUUGCAAUUUUUCUGGUGAAGUUGAAGUCAGAGGCGUCGAGGACAUCGUUUGAAAAGUCGCGGCAAUGAGUGAAGCGGGAGAAAAUGCUGAAGUCGCGCCUGAGAACUCACCAAGCGACAUCAACGAUGCUGUUAAGGAUACUAUUGGGCCGGAUGAUGUUGGACCUACUGGUGAUAAUGCAACAACAGAACAAAGUAUAGACCAGAGUAUAGAUCAGAACAAAGAAUCUGAAGAUGUAACCGAUUCAGAUGAAAGUAAAAAACACACAGAGGAGGAAGAAGAAAAUGAAGAGGAGAAAAACACUGAGGAGACCUUGGAAACAACUGGUUCUGGAGAUGUAGGUAUUGUAAUGGAAGAAGAAUCGGAGAAUGCAAAAGAGUCCUCAACUGUAGAUGACAUGACAGCUGUAGAAGAUUCACCAGCAAUAGAGGAUUCGGCCGUCAACGAGGAUUCAGCUUUAUCAGACUCCACACCGGCGGAAGAUUCACCAAUAGUGGAAGAUUCAUUGACAGUAAAAGAUUCACCAACCGAAGAGGACUUGCCAGAAUUAGAGGACUCCCCCAUUGCAGAAAAUACUUCAGUAGCAGCGCAUUCUACAGAUGUAGAGGAUUUCACAGCAUCAGAUUCUCAAACAGAAACCGAUAUUGUUGAAAAUGUAGAAGGCACAGAGACUGAUAAUUUAACAGAAAAUAAUGACAAAGAUCAAACCACAGAUAUACAUGAGACAGAAAAUGUAUGUGACAGUUUACAAGAUAAAGAGGAUUUGAAAAAUUCUGAGGAAUCAGAGGUGACCGAUGAAGUUCAUGCCGAAACAGAAGAAACUAGUAAUACUGUUCAGUCACCAGAAGAUGAAGAUGAACUGCUAGAGGAUGACAAAGAUUUAAAAAAUGAUGAGGAAGAAGAUGGAAAACAGGAAGAGCAAUACAUUAUAGAUGAAGAUAAGUUGCUGGAAGAUGAGGAAAACAAGGACAGUGCUGAAAUGUUAGAAAAGUCGGAAAGUAAUGACAGUACAGAAAGAAAAUCUGAUGAAUCUAAACAGGAUGAAGAGCAGAACUCCCCUGGUGACAUGAUGCUACAGAUUGGUUCUGUAACUGGAAAUGCAGAGAUGUUGGAUGACACAGAAAUGAUGGACGUUGACCAAAACUCCUCUAAAAAAGAAACUGAAGAGGAAACUGGAGAGAAUAGCAGGAGGAUAUCUGAUGCAGAUGAAGGGAAGAAAGAUGAUGAUGUUGAAAUGGCAGAUGCAGAAAAAGAGGUAAAGAAGGAUGAAGAAAGUGAUGUUCAAAAUGACAUUGCAGAGGUUAAAGAUACAGAUAAUGAUGUAGAAAUGAAAAAGGAUGGGGACAAGAAUAUCAAAUGUGAAGAUAAACUGAAAGAAGUGAAAUCUGAACCCAUAGAAAAACCUAAAGCUAACAAGUCUGCAGAAGAAGAAGAUGACGACGAUGUUAAGAUAAUAGACAUUCAAUCUGAUGAUGAGGAAGACAAGGUCAAGGACAAAAACGUGUCAGUGAAGGAUGAAAAGAAAGAUGACAAGUCUGUGGUGGAGAAUGGAGAGAUGUGUUUACAGAUUGCCUCAGUCAGUGGAGGGGUCGACAUGCCAGAACAAAACUUUGAGGAUAAGAAAGAAGGGAAGAGAGAACAGGAUAUCAAAAUCAAGGAAGAAACGGUUUCCAAGGACAUCAAACAAGAACCUAAAAGCGGAGAGGCAAAACCAAAGAGUACAUCCAAAACUCAGACCUGUAUUGUCUGUCAGAAGAUUGGUAAAUGUAAAUAUAACAUUGUGAGAAAUGGAGACAUCAAGCACCUGUGUGAUGAUGUCUGCUUCAAGCAAUUCCGUGCCAAUCCCACCAUGUUUCUUCGUGCAUCCUCCGACACUCAGGUGACUAAGAAGCCGGAGAGCCCUGCCCAGGCCCCGCCCCCGUCUGUUCCUCCACCAUCUCAGGAGAGGUACAAGACAUGCUCCAUAUGUCAGCUGAUGAAUGUGAAAACAUCCAAGCCUUUCCUCAACUGGCAGUGUAUGGACUUCUGUGGCGAAGACUGUCUAGGAAAGUUUCAGGCAGGACUGAAUGCUGCUUGUAACUAUUGUGGUCAAACUGUUCAGCAAGCCUCAAAGGGUAAAUUCUGUGCUCGGGUUGAUAACGAUGUCAAGCAAUUUUGUUCUGGCCCCUGUUACAACGAAUUCAAAAAGAGACAAAAGCUUUGUGAAUUUUGUCAGAAGGAUGUUACCAAAAUAUCUGAUGCUUUUGUGGCACCAGUUGGGAAAGAUGCUUUAUUCAAGGACUUUUGUAGUCAAGGCUGUUUACAGAAGUACGAGGAGAAAUCUAAUCGAGAUGUUGAGAUUGUUGGCAUUGACCGUCCUCAGAAAUCUCAGGUGCCCCCUAAAGGGAACUUCCAAUGUGCUGUUUGUAGGAAGACCGGGCCUGUAAAGCAUGAGAUAAAACUGGAAGGGAGGAUGAAUAGAUUGUGUGGAGACCCAUGUUUCUCAGCUUUUCAGUAUGCCAAUAAACUGACGAUGAACACUUGUGACAACUGUGGUGUUUACUGUUACAAUGAGGGUAUGGCACCUCAGUACAUACAAUUUGAAGGCCAACAGAAACGUUUCUGUAGCUUCAUGUGUGUGAACACUUUCAAAACUCUGAACAAAAAGGUGGUAUCUUGCGCCUGGUGUAACUGUAAGAAGAGCAACUUUGACAUGAUAGAGCGUGUGGAUGCCAACAACAAAUACCAACUCUUUUGCUCGCUCAACUGUCUUUCAUUAUACCGAGUGAACCUACAGGCAACCUCCAACCAAGCAGUGGUGUGUGACCAGUGUAGGAAAUUUGUACCGGCCCAGUAUCACCUUACCAUGAGUGAUGCCUCUGUGAGGAACUUCUGUUCCUAUCAAUGUGUCAUGACGUUUCAAUCUCAAUUUGCUGGAGGCGCUAAUAAAUCUCAAACACCUAUAAUGAACACUGCUCCACAAAACCAGAAAACUCCAACUCCAAGGACCAACAACAAAAACACCCCAACUAGAGCAUCCUCUAGAGUGGUUUCCUCACAGCAGAAACAGACCCAUGUUCCUGUUAUCUCUAAUGUGGUUUCCUUGUCAUCUCAGAACACAGAUGCAAGCAAGACCCAGGCUAAAAAAAACAAUGUCCAAUUGAUACGAGGGCCACAGCAAGUUAUGAGGAACACUCAGAUGCCAACCCUAGUCAACAGCCAGGCCCAACCCAGGCCAUCUGUGACAACCACAGCAAUGCAGACACCACCCCAACAGAUCAUCAUCCAGCCCCCACCACCAAAGACAGUCAAGAACAAAUCACUACUGUGUAAACCUUUCGUACAGACUAAGGCAACAUCCUGUAGGCCCCACACACAGACCAAGGAGACUCAGACAGAGGAUGACUGGACACCGAAGCAGUGCCUGGUACCAAUACCCAUCCCCUACUACAUCCCUGUGCCCAUGAUGAUGUACACCCAGUACACACCAGUGCCCAUCCCUAUCCCUGUACCCAUUCCUGUACCCUGCUUCAUCCCAACAACCAAGAAGUCAGCCAGCAGCAUUUUUAAACACAUAAAGGAAAUCCAGGAGAGAAUCCCGUCUGACCCCCUGGAAGCCGAGCUUCUGAUGAUGGCUGAAGCAGUGGCAGUAGCUGAUCCAGAAUCAGAGUCAGAAUCUGACAAUGAAGAUAUUUUACCUCCAUCUAAAACGCCACCAGCUGAUGGGAAUACAGUGUCCGACACUCCAUCCCCUAUCCCGGACCCUGUCCCUGAAGUCACUGCUGCACCUGGUCAGCCCAAUGGGGAAUUUGGGGAAGACAUGCUUCAGAUGGCACUCCGCAUGGCAACAGAAAUGACCUCUGAACCUGUGUUGGACCUUGAGAGCUCCAUAGCUCCAGUACCUGUAAACACAGAACCACCACCACCUCCUCUCAAAGAAGAGGAAGAAGAGGAGCUUGUCCCUGCAAGGGAAACAAGGUCAAGAGGUCGUGGUCCAAAGAGGUCAGGGUCACGCGGAAGUCGCAAGAGCAAGCGCCAGAAAGUGAUACAUCCCCUAGAACAGGAAGAGAAGAUGGAGACAGAGCAGGCGUUGGAGCCGGAAGUCCCGGAGAUCCCACCAGAUGCCAACAUGUACCUGAAGUACACAUAUGGAGUCAAUGCAUGGAAACACUGGGUGGUACUGAAAAAUGCCCAGCUAGAGAAGGUAUCGAAACAUGGCUCUGGCAAACUAAAACUCUUCAAGACGGACAUGAUGGGGUGUUCUGCUGAUGAACUCAACUACUCCCUGUGUUUGUUUGUGAAGGAAGUGCGAAAACCCAAUGGGGACGAGUAUGCUCCAGACAGUAUAUACUAUCUCUGUCUUGGAAUUCAGCAGUACCUGUUUGAGAGUAGUCGGAUUGACAACAUCUUCACUGACAUGUAUUAUGAGAAAUUCACAGAAUGUCUGAACGAAGUCCUGAACAGAUAUGAACCCAAGAUCAAUACUGCAGGUCAGCUGGUGUGUCGUAUAGAGGAGGAGCACCUGUGGGAAUGUAAACAGUUGGGGGCCCACUCCCCCCACGUCCUCCUCAACACCCUCGUCUUCUUCAACACCAAGUACUUCAUGCUGAAGGAGGUAGAUGACCACAUGAAGCUUUCCUUCACACACAUCAUGAAGCAUUGGAAGAAAACUCCCAUCGGCAAAAACAACACAACUGGUCGCAGCGUCUACUUACGUUACUACUGUCCUAACCCAACCAAACUCACAAAUGAUAUGAACCAGAAGAAGAAACAGAAAGAUGAGGUGCCUGUAUACGAACAGGCUGAAAAUCUAGACAACCCACUCAGAUGUCCUGUUAAGUUAUACGAGUUCUACCUAUCAAAAUGCCCUGAGAGUAUAAAGAACCGUAAUGAUGCAUUCUACCUGACCCCUGAGCGAUCAUGUGUGCCGGAUAGUCCAGUAUGGUACUCCACCCAGAACCUGUCCAGUGAGGCUAUGAACAAGAUGUUAAACCGAGCAAGAUUGGUCCGGGAGAUUCAGGAGGCCAUGCUUCACACACAACCUGUCUAUAUGUGAAGUCUAACUGUACACAUAUUAUCAGCGACAUUCAGGAGGCCAUAUGAUGUUAAUGGUACAUGUUUGAUCAGGGACAUUCAGGAGGCCGUGCUAUACUUAAAACCCAUCUACAUAUGAUGAUGUUUAAUUAUUCACAUUUGAUAAGGGACAUUUAGGAAACUAUACUACUCAUAAUCUGUUUAUACAUAGUGUUAUACCAGACCUGAUUGGUCGGCAGGGACAUUAAGAAAUUCAUUUAAUGUUAAAAAGCCUAACAUGUCAGAACCAGUGUAAUUCUAUAGGAAAGUUUGAUCCCAACCAUUACUAGUCCUUGUUGUUUUCUAUAAUGUAAAAAAAAAUGUGACCGUUUUGAAUGAAUAUCAAAUGCCUAACUCUUAUUUCCAUUAUGAAGUUAUGUCCUUAUUUAAAACACUGAUCAAAAAGUUCGAUUAAUUACUUUUUUGGGUGCUUUCUUCGUUUACGAUGAUCUGCAAUUUAUUUAACUUUGUCCUUAAUCCUCAAAUCAGCAAUUUGAUUGAAGACAACAUUUCUUCCCACCAUGAGUCAAUUCUAAUUGUAAAUACCAAAUACUUGUUCUAGUAUCAGUUUGUUUAUUACAUCAAAAUCCAUAACACAUUAUUUGUCACAUUACCUGGUACUGCUAUAACCUCAAAACAUUCAUUUACAAUUGUAUGUACGUUCAUGAAUGUUGUAAAUAAUAGUGUUUUUUAUAUCUUUCAAACUAUUGAUUAGACCAACUGAUUAAUUUUUGUUAUUCUACACCAUUGUAUCCUACAUGGUAGGCUUUGUAUCCUAUCCUACAUGGUAGGCUUUAUAUCCUAUCCUACAUGGUAGACUUUGUUGUGUGGAAACAUUUUAUUUGUAUCCUAUCAUACAUGGUAGACUUUGUCGUGUGGAAACAUUUUAUUUGUAUCCUAUCCUUCACGGUAGGCUUUGUAUCCUAUCCUACAUGGUAGACUUCGUCGUGUGGAAACAUUUUAUUUGUAUCCUAUCAUACAUGGUAGACUUUGUCGUGUGGAAACAUUUUGUUUGUAUCCUAUCCUACAUGGUAGACUUCGUCGUGUGGAAACAUUUUAUUUGUAUCCUAUCCUUCACGGUAGGCUUUGUAUCCUAUCCUACAUGGUAGACUUUGUUGUGUGGAAACAUUUUAUUUGUAUCCUAUCAUACAUGGUAGACUUUGUCGUGUGGAAACAUUUUGUUUGUAUCCUAUCCUACAUGGUAGACUUUGUCGUGUGGAAACAUUUUAUUUGUAUCCUAUCCUACAUGGUAGGCUUUGUCAAAACAAAAAAUGUCAAAUACAUUUCCGACUAGUUAUAACCUGGUGUAAUAGAAUCGUGUUUUAAUGGUUUACAUAUCAAUAUCCAAACGGUAAAUCAAUAUUGUUGAUAGAUAAAGUGUAUGUGUAGUACAUUCUGUUGAAGUUAUUUUUGUAUCUGUAUACAGGAAAAUGAUUAUAUUAAAAUACGUUCUUACAGUAGAUCACAUGAGCUGUUGCUGUCUGUGCUUUGUCGUUUGUGCGUUAUCUGUUAACCUUUUUACAUUUGAAACUUUUAAGUCAAAUUCUACUGAAAUGAUUCAUUCUACUGAGUUGAUAUCAUGAAAUUUUAUAGAAAAGUAUAAUUCCAACUAUUUCUAAUUCUUGUUAUUUUGAGGCCAAUUUGAAAUCCAAUAUAAAAGCCAUAACUGUUAUCUUAAAAAUUUAUUUACUGGGUGUGAUAACGUUUACCCAUCAUGGAAAUGAUUAGUGUGCAUGGCCCUUAAUUAAUUGUUAUUUUAUUUUAUCAAGUUUAAAAUUCAAUAUGGCCUCCAUUUUUCCAUUCAUACAAACUGAUUUUUCUGAUACUUAUAUUAAUUGAUUAGUGAUGGGCAAUCGGUUUAAAACCAUAAUUGAUAAUCGGUUUGUAAUCGGAAGUAUUGAACCGUUCAAUGAUCGCUUGCAUAAUUGGUUUAAAAUUUUGUUGGACUGAAUACCCAAAUAAAGUGAAAACACUACUAUUACAUCAACAGACAGAGUGUUUUGUUUUGUUCUUUUAUAAUGGAUGAAUAUCAAGCAACGUUUAUGCAUUUUAUCAAUCAUAUAGUUUAAAUCAUAAGAAUAUAUGACUUUAAAAGCAUACUCAACAUGGAACAUAUUUAAAUACUGACAAACCGAUUAUAUUGAUUAUGGAAUUUGUAAUUGAUAAUCAGAAUAGGAAAGGGCAAACUGAUAGAUUUUCGAUUGUAAUCGAUCAUCAGCCCAUCACUAUUGAUGAUAAUAAGUAGGUAGUUAUGCGUAAGUUUUAGUACAUUUUUUUCAUCCGUUCUGUUGCCACCUAAUUAGGCCAUGCAAAGAAGAUUGUUAAGUAAAAUUUGCACAGAUCAUGAUGUCUUUGUCGAAGCUGCCACUGUAUCUGUAGAUAGCAUUAUUUCAUUGUCGAAGUUGCUACUGUAUCUGUAGAUAGCAUUAUUUCAUUGUCUAAGCUGCCACUGUAUCUGUAGAUAGCAUUAUUUCUUUGUCGAAGCUGCCACUAUAUCUGUAGAUGGCAUUAUUUCAUUGUCGAAGCUGCCACUGUAUCGGUAGAUAGCAUUAUUUCAUUGUCGAAGCUGCCACUGUAUUUCUAGAUAGCAUUAUUUCAUUGUCGAAGCUGCUACUGUAUCUGUAGAUAGCAUUAUUUCAUUGUCGAAGCUGCCACUGUAUUUCUAGAUAGCAUUAUUUCAUUGUCGAAGCUGCUACUGUAUCUGUAGAUAGCAUUAUUUCAUUGUCUAAGCUGCCACUGUAUCUGUAGAUAGCAUUAUUUCAUGGUCGAAGCUGCCACUGUAUCUGUAGAUAGCAUUAUUUCUUUGUCGAACCUGCCACUAUAUCUGUAGAUAGCAUUAUUUCAUUGUCUAAGCUGCCACUGUAUCUGUAGAUAGCAUUAUUUCUUUGUCGAAGCUGCCACUAUAUCUGUAGAUAGCAUUAUUUCAUUGUCGAAGCUGCCACUGUAUCUGUAGAUAGCAUUAUUUCUUUGUCGAAGCUGCCACUAUAUCUGUAGAUAGCAUUAUUUCAUUGUCGAAGCUGCCACUGUAUCUGUAGAUAGCAUUAUUCCUGUAGUACAUACACUAUAUAUUUAGUUUGUUAGUGUCCUUACUGUAAAUUUUCUUUAGAGUACAUGUAUAUCAUUUGUUAAAGAGUCACUUUGAUGAGGUCCGAUUCCUAUACCAAGGAAAUUCAUUAAUGAUAAAAGGUUUGCAGUGCGAUAAGCUAUUGACAUUUGAUAGUGCUUAUAGUCCAAUACAGUGUCAUUGUUCUAUGACUUGUCAGGUAGUUGUUAUAUCGAGUAAUCGUUAAUAAGCAUCGAGUGAUUUUCAUUUACCUGAGGUAAAGUAAUACGUGUAAAUGAUUUCUGAUCAGUGUUUAUACGCUUGUAGGCCAGUACAAUAUACAUGUACCAAGAAUAAUUUCUUUGUUAUUUGUGCUCAUAUACAAUCUACAAUAAAAGUAAUUGCGAUAAUU